CAACAACAACAAUGACAACAACCACAAUAAUCGCCAAUAGCCAAUUGCCAAUGCGUAUUUAACCAUUUAAUAACAAAUUGCCUUUUAACCUGCUUACACUCUAACGCUGGAAAACUUCAAUUAUGUAAAUCCCAUCAGAAUGCAAUUGCUAAUACUACUACUAAUAAGAAAAUCCCAGCCAGAAGUAGAAGCAACCACCGGAAAAAGACUAAGCCAUAAAUAGAGAGGGAGAGAGUACGAGAGAGAGAGAGAGAAAGAGGUUGCGAAAGAGAGAGAGAGACAUAGACCAUCGAUCAUGGCCGGACCGCAAGUACAGCAUACACAGCGACCCAAUAGCGCCUAUUACACGGGUGUCAAUGGCAGCGGAAACGGAAAUGCAUCCGCGGGCAUGGCAAGCAGUGCCUCCCACACAGGACUGCAUGCCUUGCGUCAGGUGUCCAACGAGACGGAACUGAUCUAUCGCGGCAGUCAUAGCAAUGGCACAGUUAAUGAGAUGCCCCCCUUGGGGGGUCAGUUGUCUCGCCAACAACAAUUCCAUCAGCAUCAACAGCAUCAGCAUCGCCAUCAGCAGCAGCAACAAUAUCAACAGCAUGGAUCUGCUUGUCCCAGUGCUGAUGGUUUAAUUGGAACCAUUGCGACCAGUGCGGGAGUAUCUGGAAGUAGUAGCGGAGGAGGCGGCGGCGUCGGCGGCAAUAAUGGUGCAACGGCGUUUGCCAUGACAAGUGGACAACAGCUACAGCAGCAGCAGCAGCAUUUGCUCAAAAAGUCCAAUACACAGCGUAGCAUUGAGAUCAUUGUGGAUGCCACACAAUGUGGCAAGGAUGUGCAAGCCGGAUCCGCAACGCCUAAAGAUGAUAUCGAGCAGGGCGGCGGCGGCGGCGAAGGUGGCCAAGAAACAGUGCGAAAAUCAUCGCGACAUCGUCAUCGACCCUUGCAUCGACGACUCAUAACCUAUUUACGCAAUCUCUUUCAAGGCAGUGCCGCUCAGAAUGCCUUGACAACUUUACUGGUGUCCUGGGGCUGUCUCUCCAAGCAUUCCGAAUUAGAAGAAUUUGAGACACCGGCCCGCUAUAGACCCGACUCGCUAAGCGCUUUAAGUCGUGCCACACGUUUCACUGAGGACGAAAUCAAACGAAUUUAUCGCGGUUUUAAGGCCGAAUGCCCCACGGGCGUUGUCAAGGAGGACACUUUUAAAGUGAUCUAUUCACAAUUCUUUCCACAGGGAGCGAAUCCAACUUUAUAUGCACAUUAUGUAUUCAACACACUGGAUCAGGAUCACAGCGGCAUUGUUAGCUUUGAGGAUUUCGUGCAAGGACUUUCGAUAUUAUCGCGUGGCUCUGUGGAGGAGAAACUGCGUUGGACCUUCUCGCUAUAUGACAUCAAUGGCGAUGGCUUCAUUACGCCCGAGGAAAUGACUGACAUUGUGACUGCCAUAUAUGAACUGAUGGGCCGUUUACCGGACGAGUGUCCCGAAGAGGAGAAAAUCAAGGGCAAGGUGGAGCACAUAUUUCAGAAAAUGGACAUCAAUCGUGAUGGGGUUGUGACUUUGGAGGAAUUUUUAGAGGCAUGUCGGAAUGAUGAGGCAAUAUCGAGAUCGAUGUCCGUAUUUGAAUCAGCAUUCUGACCAUAUCCGACCGACAAGGGUGAUGAGUAUACGGCGCGCAAACAGCGGCGGCAUCAGCUGAUGGAUACUGAGAAACGUAAGUCCAAUCACAAGAUGAUGAUGAUGAAGAACAGACAACAAGAGACAAGCAACAAACAACGUAGCUCUAGACAGAGGCAACAGUCAUCUGCCAAACAUCUUCAUGUCAUUGAUAUGGAUAGGGCAAGUUCAAGUACCACAGCAACAGCAAUCACAAUUAAUUGGAAUGAUAAUGAAGAUGAUGAUGA